AAGCCGACCUGCUCGGGCUCCAUUAGGCCCGCCGGGUGAGUCGUAGCUGGGGAAAGCGGAUGGGCUCCGUAAGCUGUGUGGCGCGGCGAUUCGGGUCGCUGCUGUGGCGCAGGGCCCUAUCCCCGGGAGCCGGGCUCUCGGCGGGCUGGGGGCCACGGCUUCGUCUGCUGGCCGCGGGGCGGCUUAAGGCGGGGCCGGCGUUGGGCCUGACCUGCCUGAGCCCCGACCGCGCGCGCGGCCUGCACGGCGGACCGGGCUUAGAGGAGCGGGCGGAGGGGGCAGCUGGCCAGAAGCGCCCGGAGACAGGCACAGCAGAUCAUACUGGUCCCAAGUUUGACAUCGAUAUGCUGGUUUCGCUUCUGAGGCAAGAAAAUGCAAGAGACAUUUGUGUGAUCAAGGUUCCUCCAGAAUUGAAAUACACAGAUUACUUUGUGAUUGGUAGUGGAACUUCCACCCGACACUUGCAUGCGAUGGCCUACUACAUUGUCAAAAUGUAUAAAUACCUGAAAUGUAAAAGUGAGCCUCAUGUUAAGAUUGAAGGGAAGGACACUGAUGACUGGCUCUGUGUGGACUUUGGCAGCAUGGUGAUUCAUUUGAUGCUUCCAGAAACCAGAGAAACCUAUGAAUUAGAGAAAUUAUGGACCCUACGUUCUUAUGAUGACCAGUUAGCACAGAUAACACCUGAGACAUUACCUGAAGACUUCAUUCUUGGAAUAGAAGAUGAUACUUCAUCCCUGACUCCAGUGGAGUUCAAAUAAGAAUAAAAUAAUAUGAACUAUUUUGUCAUUAUCA